CCAACCGUCAACAUGAGGCCGAUUCUUCUCUCGGGUCACGAGCGUGCGCUCACGCAGGUCAAAUUCAACCCCGACGGCGACAUCAUCUUCUCCGUGUCCAAGGACCAUGUUGUGUGCGCGUGGUACUCGCACAACGGCGAGCGAUUCGGAACCUACCACGGCCACCAGGGCGCCCUCUGGACCGUCGACGUCAACCCCACCACGGAACUGCUUGCGACGGGCGGCGCAGACAACACGCUGCGCCUGUGGGAGGUCAAGACGGGCAAGCUGCUGAAGACUUGGGAGUUCGCCACGUCCAUCAAGCGCUGCGAGUUCUCGCCCGACGGCAAGCAGCUUCUCGGCGUCACGGAGAAGCGCUCCGGCCACCUCUCCACCAUCGUCGUCUACCCCAUCAACCCAGACCCAGAGGCCGAGCAGACGGAUGAGCACUCGCUGAGGAUAGUGUGCGACGAGAGCAAGGCGACCGUGGCGGGCUUCAGCUACCUGGCCAAGUACAUCGUCUCGGGGCACGAGGACGGUUCCAUCACACAGUGGGAUGCCAAGACCGGAGAGCUGCUCCAGAGCAACUACGACGCGCACGAUGCGGAUAUGCAGGUGACCGAUCUCCAGUGGUCGCCAGACCGAACAUACUUCAUCACCGCCUCCAAAGACAAGACCGCCAAGCUCAUCGACGUCGAAGACCUCUCCGUCCUCAAAUCCUACAUUGCCGACACACCCCUCAACAGCGCCGCAAUCACCCCUGUAAAAGACUACGUCAUCCUCGGUGGUGGUCAAGCCGCCAUGGACGUUACCACCACAUCUGCCCGCCAGGGUAAAUUCGAAGCCCGUUUUUACCACAAGAUCUUUAUGGAGGAGAUUGGCCGUGUGCGCGGCCACUUUGGUCCCCUCAACUACGUCGCCGUACACCCACAAGGCACCGCCUACUGCAGCGGUGGUGAGGACGGAUACGUGCGCGUACACCACUUCGACAAGCCGUACUUUGACUUCCUGUACGAGGUUGAGCGCGAGGCCAAGUCGGCGAACUUGUAAUGUAGGCGUUAUGAGAGAUGAUGGCUGGGAGGAUGCAUGCAUGCAAUGGCGUUCCGGCAGUU